CCUACCCUCAGUCACAGACCCUCUCCCUUCGGAUAUUCCUCUAAAGGACUCCACAUUCCUAGCCAGCUUCCUCAUGAUCCGUUAAUUGCAGCAUUGAUCCGAUUGGCUAACCUGAUUGUAUUUCCUGUAUUUUCAGCGCUUUAAACUCCCUCCUCCUCCUUCUCCAACUUCCUCGCCCUUCACUUCACCCGCACCCACACACACAAACAAAAAAUCACAAAAAAACAUCACAAACACGACAAGAUGCGCUCCAACACGCUCCUCUCCGCUGCCCUGCUCGUCUUCGGAGCUACCUUCCCUGCCGUGACCGUGGGCUACAACAUCAGUUCCAUCGCUAUCGAUACGAGAACCGGUUGGUGUAAUGCACAGGUUGCCCAGUGUCCCGCACUCUGCGCCGACCAGAAGGAGGGCUUGACCGACAAGGAGAACGACUGUUUCCCCGAGAACCUCUUCUACGUGUGCGUGUGCAGCGAUGGCAGCCGCCCAAACCUGACGCAGUACUCGGAGACAAUCCCGUACUACCUCUGCACGCUCGACCAAGGCGACUGCAUCAAGAACUGCGGCAGCGACAACACAUGUGCCGACCAGUGCCGUAAGACGUACGUGUGCGGCGCCACGUCCCCCCGCAAGAUCAAUGCCACCGCCUCUGGGACUAAGUCGUCGACGUCGGCCUCCGCCUCCUCGACCGGCGUCGUCAGCGGUGACGGCUUCGCCACAACCGGUACCCCCCGAUGCCGACAACGCUGCUGCCGGCGUGCUGCUGAAGCUCGGCAGCGCAUACGGCGUCGGCAUCGUUGCGGCGGGUAUCGCCGUCGGUGCGGCUCUCAUCGGUAUGUAAUGGCAUCAUCAUCGUCAUAACAUACAUACCACGAGCCGAAAGGGAGGGAGGGGGCGUUUCCAUUCUUCUGAUUUGUCUGCUACGUGUGCUUUGUUCUACCUACAGCUCUCUUAAUUCGUUCCCUCCCUUCGUUGCUGUUAUUUCUGGGCGCGAUUCGAAUUGCAUUGUGUGGACUGGUGUUUUUCUUUGUUUGUGUGUUUGUGUGUUUAUUUGUCUGUGGGGUGGGUGGGCGGUGGGCAGCGGCCGUAGUGAGAACAGCCAAGUUCCAACGGAUGGGUGUUUACCGUAGUUAUCAUACUACCGGUACGGGGUCGCUACAUUUUACCAUGUGAUGUAAAUGUGAAUGGUGAAAUGUUUUAUUUUUAUUUUUUUUG